CGGCCAUUCUCUGAUCAGACCCACACGAUGCGGCGUCGACCAAUGUGAAUGGACCUCGAGGCCUGUCCGGAAACACAGAGCAGUGUCUUAUCCAAUCAGGGAAGACUUGGUUUAAACAGUACAGACCGGUUGCGAGUCCGUCCAUUAACGUGAGCUAGCAAAGCCUCCUCUGACUUGGGUGCAUGUAGGAACUAAAUCGGACUCUAAGCUGUGAUCUCUUGCUGCUCUUUGAUGGGAACUCAAGAAGGAGAAGAAGAUUGGGUAGAUGUGGCCAACGAUCUGCUCAGGAAGUGUGGUGUAAACUUCAGGCUGACAAAGUUAGCAGACUGUGUUGGCAAUGUAUUCCUUGCCUUCUAUGAGAACAUCUUGGGGGUGAAAGUUCCAGGCGUUAUUGCUGACCCAAAAACUCCAGAGGAUGACAUCCACAAUGUUCAGUCUGUGAUCGACUCGCUGGCUCUGGACUACCUACAGAUCAGCCUCUCACACAUCACAGGGGAAAACCUUGUCAGAGGGGACAAGGAGUCCAUCAAGAACCUGUUGGAAAUCUUUGAUGGCCUGCUGGAAUAUCUCAAUGAAGAGAUCAGUGAAGAGCUACACAAUGGAGGGCUUAAUGAGGGCCUAACAGAGGUCUUCUUGCCGGCUGUGGGCAGGGACGGACUAAGAAGCACUGAGCAGGUGGUAGCUGACAUGUUGGAGAGGACAUCCCUGUCGUCCAGUGAGUGCUGCUGGACGGCAGAAGAGACAGGAUCCAUCAUUGAGCCAAUAAAGCUGGGACACUCUGUAUGCACCUUCACGGCCAAACCAGAUGCUCCGCCCCCCCUGGAGCCCCUCCCCUCGGCCCUCCCCAUACGGCCUCCCUACCAGGCCACCACCACGCCCCUCCACCACACGUCUCCUGCGGCCUGGCCCCCCCCAGCAGAGGAGUCCAGCAGCCAGCUGGUCCAGGAGCACCAAGCAGGCUCUGACCCUCCAGAGCCAGCUUCUGAAGCAGUCGUAGUAACCAACGGGCGUCCAUCAUCUUCCCAAGUCUCCUCUCCUGCUCUGAGUGCAAUGUCCGAGAACAGUCAUCACCAGAUCAGCCAGGUGAAGCAGUUGGAAAUACAAGAGCCGGAUGUCGUCUUCCUCCCCCUGCCAAAGGAGAUAGACCCCCCAGCCAACAGCCACCUGGACUCAGAGGAGGAGGCAGGGGAGGGUAGGAGCUCAUCCCUGGGACCCGGGAGGAUGGCAGCAGGAUGGCUGUAUGAGGAACACGGCUUAAGGAGGUCAACGUCUCCAGUCAAUCUGGUCUCGUGUCUGAGCAGCCCCGUGUUUCUGGAGGAGGACAACGACAACGACGAGCUGUCGACACACAGGAGGAAGAAUAAGGCAGCGGAGAAGGAGCUCCACUGUAUGUCGGAAAAACUUUCCAGACGCCUUCAGGACCUUGACCAGAUGCUGCAGCGUGUGCUGGGGGAGAGCGGAGACUUAAUGACUGAAGAGGGAAAGCAUCACCAAGGGGGCUGCAGACAAACCGGUGUGUCCGCGCAAACACACACACAAGUAACGCCCUGCCCUCAGGCCACACAAGCCCUUCCCCCCCGCUCCCCGCCCCCUACCCAGGCACCGCCGCGGCCGGAGGGCCCCACCAGGGGAGCCAGGGGACCUGGGCGACGGCUGCAGACCAACCUGAAGUCUGCCCCUCCCUCCAGGAGGAUCCCGGGCCGGGAGGGAGGAAGAGGAGCCUCUCAGGUCUAUGAGGAGCAGCUGAGGCGCUGUGAGGCCAGAGAGGAAGAAAGGCUGGCCCAGGAGCGGUUCCGUGCUCAGGAGGCCGAGCGGGCGUACAGGGAGGCCAUUUUAAGGGACCUCCCACAGAGAGCGUGCUCAUCUCCAGGACAAUGUAAGAGGGAGGCCCAGCUGCGCCCCCUCCCCUCCAGACCUGGCGCCGCCCGGCAGCAGCAGGACCAUCCCAGGAGAGCCCCCCAAAUGAAGGUGAAGCAGAACGACCUGCUCCGUGUGCUCCUGAAAGAACUCCCUCUCCUCCAGCACUCUCCUCACGGUUUGGCUCGCAUGUGGGAGCAGCAGAUGGGCCAGGUAGAGCAGCUCCACCACCUGCCUGCCCGCAUCGCCCACAGCCAGUCACGCAAACAGGGCAGCCAGGUGGGACCCCACCACCACCUCCAGUGCUGCUGGCCAGUGGAGGAGGCCAAGCGCAGACGGGACCUCCUGGUGGAGAUCAUCCGCAAAGAGAGAGAGCACAACAAGAGACUGCGGGACUUCAAGGAGAGGAUCCAGCAGCAGAAGGCCGCCCAGAACCGGCUCAGGGAGCAGAGGCAGCAGGUGGCCCGCGCCAGGAAUUACCACAGCAGCUUCCACGUGCAGCUCCGCGCACAUCUGACCCGCGCACGCUCCAAGGAGGAGAAGAUGCUGCGGGAGGUUUUCUCAGAGGGGCUUGCGUUACAAAAGGCCAGUUUGAAGGAGGAGAGAUCCUACGCCAGAGAACACAGACUGGAGCAGAGCAGACGCCACCUGGAACACAUCUCCUCCAUGGAGAACUACUACAGAGACCAGUUUUCUUUGCUGGCUGAGACGCUUUCCGAAGAGAGGCAGGAGAUCCAAGUUUGCAAGAAAGCCCAGGAGAAGGCCUUGAUGAAGAUGAAGAGAAAGCUGCGCUCCCGAAUGGAGUGGGAGGUGGGGGAGCUGCAGAGCGUCAUCGUCCACAACGACCAGGACCACUUCUUCCAGGACCUGGAGGUCCAGAGGCUGAGGAGGCGGGUUCAGACAGCCUCUUUCCAGUACGAGCGUAGCGGCCUGUGAUAGGAACUUGGACGGCCACACACUCAAUAUCUAUCUUUCAAAACUUUUUACUGGUUCGACUGUUUUGUUGCCGAGACAUUUUUAGAGAACCUUUUUCACCUCUGCUUCUAACAGGAAGUAGAGGACAAGUAAUAAUGAAUACCACUCUAGAAAUGUUAUCGACUCACUGUGAGUUACUGUUCACUGUCACACAUCAAUCACCUGUGAGGUGAUUGAUGUGUGACAGCGGUCUUUUCUUUGACUCCCUGGUUUCUCUGACCCCCGGAGGCCGCUGACAUCCCCUUGUAACUUUCGGUGGAUGAGGGACCAAUUCUAUAAUCCUAACGUUAUUUCUAGAAAAUGUCUGUGAUCAACACAUAAAUAAUAUUCUGAUUUUAA